AUGACUGAUGCCUGGUUUCAACCAAAUUUUCUGACUUUCAUCCAUAGGCUAUAUUUUAUUGUGUUAGUAUAUGGAUUUGUUAUUGUUCACCUAUCAAGCAAUUUAGAUGAGGUAAGGUUCAUCACAAUUGUUCAAAUAUCGCAUAACUUAAAUGCAAUGUACAAUGGGUUGUGUGAGUAUCAUGGAAUUUGUUUUUCAGUCAGUUGUUUGUGUGAUUGGUCUUUGUGGUGUCCUUCAUUUGUUUCAUCAAAUGUGGAUGUGGGUGAAUAUUGUAGCUUGCCGGAGUUGACAUGGAAUUUUCAGCUAAAUCACAGUUUCUUCCUUCAAUAUAGGUACUAA